AUGGAUGGAUCUGGCUUUGACUCAUACUUACUUUCAGACAUUUAUGGGUAUCCGAUCUAUGAGAACACGAGUGAUUUUAAUUACUCUGGUAACUCUUGUCAAAUGGAUGAUCUCCACACAUUUGGUGCCCAUCUCACCACCAUCCUGUACUCUCUGGCUUUUGUUCUUAGCCUGCUAGGAAAUAGUUUAGUGUUAUGGAUCCUAAUGAAAUAUGAAAACCUUGUGUCGUUAACAAACAUUUUCAUCAUGAACCUUUGCAUCUCCGACCUGGUCUUUUCUUGCAUGCUGCCCUUCUGGAUCAUGUAUCAUUUGAAUGGAUGGAUUUUUGGUGAUUUUCUCUGCAAGGCUGUGAAUGCUGUUUUCUCUAUCAGCUACUACAGUGGUAUUAUCUUUUUGACCGUAAUGACUAUUCUCCGGUACCUGGCAGUGGUGAAUCCCUUGUCAACCUUGCGUACUCAGACACGGCAGUGUGGCAUUCAGAUGAGCUUGGCCAUUUGGGGUGCUAGCAUGUUAGUGGUGAUUCCUGAGAUGAUUUUCACUGAAGUGCAAUUUGUUGAUGAUUCUAUUGUCUGUGAUUAUGCUGACUUGGAUUGGAAAAUGGUAGAAAGUUAUCAGCGAAAUGUCUUCUUUCUCUUUUCCUUUGCUGUUAUUGUAUUUUGUUAUGUCAGGAUACUGAAAAUUCUGCUCAGAACAAGAUCUCAUCGAAAGCACAGAACUGUAAGACUCAUCCUUAUCAUUGUAGUAGCUUUUUUCUUGAGUUGGGCACCUUAUAAUAUCAUCUGUUUCCUGCAAUUUUUGCCAGGUCAGAUCAUCCUUUUGACCUGCCAGAUCCAAAAGAACAUUGCAUAUGCCUUCUACAUCAGCCGCAAAAUUGCCUUUUCCCAUUGUUGCCUCAACCCUGUGCUCUAUGUAUUUGUUGGAGUCAAAUUCAGAAGGCAUUUGGUGCACCUGUGCAGUUACUUUUGGCCAUGCAGCAAUAGGCAAACCUCCAGCCCCAGGAUUUAUUCUCAUGGCAAAUUCCACUAUGAAGAUGCUUCCAUUUACUGA